AUGAUCGAGGCGUACGAUGCGAGCUUGGCACUCAAAGUGCAGCGAUACAUGCGGGCUAUUGACCGCGUAAGAUCACUCGUGGGAUGCCUGUUGCCGCGCGUUAUGCUUGUUGAUACUGGCAUGGUGCGAUCCUGGAAUGAUGUGUGCAUUCGCACGGCGCGUGGUGGGCGGCCGUAUGUGGAAAGGAAUUCGUCUGGUGCUCAUGUGGACUUUAAUAUCUCCCACGAUGGCGACUGGGUCGUCAUGGCAUUCUCUACUUGCGACAAGGUGGGUGUCGAUGUGAUGGAGACAACGCUCCCGCACUUUGAGGAGAGUAGCACGUCGUUCUGUGACACGAUGAAGCAGGCCAUGACAGCGGAUGAAUAUGCUUGGGUAAGGCAGGGAGCAUCAGAUGCAGAAGUUCUAUCUCGCCUCUACGAUGUGUGGACAUACAAGGAAGCUUUGACGAAGAACAUGGGCUUGGGCUUGGGCUUUGACUUUGCGCGAAUCCAAGUGGAAUUUUGGCAUAGCAAAGAGAUGCCUUCGUUACGCAUGGAUGACCACGAAGAGUCCCAGUACCGCUUUCUUGAGGUACGCUUACCAUCCGGCAUAUGCUAUCAAGACGCGUCGCCUGCCACCAACCUGCCUCCAAAUGGCGCUAGACAGACUUUUACGACGACAUGCAAGAACAGAGAUGCAGUCGGUGGAAGGGGCUCACAAGUAGCCAUAGCGGUGGGGCCACGUGCUUGCACAGAGCAAGACGCUGCAUGGAAUUGCUGUGUGUCGGCAGAGCAAGCGUCUGCCGACGGCUGGCUUCGAAUAUGGACAUACGAAGCAUUCAUGGAAUUCGCGCGGCAUGUGCACGAAAUGACAUCGUAA